AUGGCCAGCCGAACCGUCGCGAUUCUCCUGCUUUUGGUCGCCUUGGCUUCAGCUGUGGUGAGUUUUUUCUUGUUAUUUCAACUUUAAAAGAAUGAUUUCAAUAAAAGUUAGUCAGAGUAUAAGAAUUUUCUAAAUCUCAGAAGUACGUCCACAAAAAGAAUAGCCUCGUCAGCGACCCACCAUUCUGCUUCAUGUACAUCCGGCAGGAUGGAGGUAUUUUUUCAAAGUUUUUAAUCAUUUUUGAAAUCCAAUUGGGGCCUAUAAAGUUUUUUUUCAAAUAAAAGAGAUGUCCAUUGAAAAUUGUGAAGGAAAAAAAAUUUAAAUUUUCAUCUUAAAAACCUCCGACUUUAAAAAUUUUUUUUCUUCAGAACAUUUUUAGAGAGUUUAUUUAUCAUACCUUUUCCAUGAAUAUUGAUUUUUUUGAGAUUUCAAAAGGUUCGAAAAUAAUUAUUUACACUGAGUUUUCUGGGUUAUGAAACUCAAAACCCAACUCAAUGAUGACUUAAAAAAAUCAAAAAAACUAUCAAAAAUUUUUUUGUUUGUUUUUUUUCAAGUUAAUCCAAGAACAUAACUUCUAGAGCCUCAUUAUGAAUAUGAUUCAAUCAUUCUGAGCGUUUUUAAAAUACGUUCACUUCCAGUAAUUAAAAAAAAAAUUUCCUCAUUUCAGUAUGCUCUGGCUACCAGGUCAUGUGCGGUGACAUCUCUUCGACGCCAGUUGUGAGUUUUUCGAAUAUAUUUCUUUUGUUCAAAAUAUUUUCCAAUGUUGUAAUUUCAGGACAGCAACGUCUACUCGUUCCCGGACAACUGCGGCAGCGACAAAGCCCUUUCAAAUUUCGCCGACAAGGAUUUCCCGGUUCGUGCCGCCGCCGCUGGAAAAUGA